GUAUUCCUCCUGGGGCUAGCUUUCAGAGGAGGAUAUGGAUAUGCCAACAACAGUAAUCAUAGACUGCUGGCUGUGCUCAAUGCAUCAUCUUCUACGGUAGAUUUGGUACUGCAAAUCAAUGUGCUGGAAGGCAAAAGGAGUCCAGCGACCACGGAGAUUACGCCGCCAAUGAGCUUGAAGGACAUUAUUCGCGCUGAAAUUAAUGGGGAUUGGGAGCGCGGACAUUUUGUGUUACAACUAGCCAGUCAAACACGCACGGUGCAGCUAAAGCAAGCCAUUUACGAAGCCCUGUGGCAAGAAUUGCAGCAGAUGAGGCAAAUCUAUGAUCCUCUCAAGGUACUGGAUCUGUAUGGCCAGCUUACACAACAGCCGCAGAUGCCUUCAGCGUUACUGGUGCAGGUCUACCAGGAGUUUGUUGACCGCAGCGCUCAUUUACUGGCAGCUCCCUUUCACACGGACAGCCGCAGCGCAAGAUUUCCAAAAGUCGACUCCUUGCUUCAGCGACUUACCCUAAGCACCCUGGAUUACUUACGCGAUAUAUUGGAAGAAGUAUUUAAUCUGGUAUUGGCGCUUGAGUCGUCUCUCAGUGUAGUGCAACGUCUUGGUAACUUUACUGGCAGCGUCACGCAAUUGGCAUUAGCCAAUCUUCAGCUGCUGCAGCGCACGGAGCUGAAAUCGAAUGUGGAUGCACAAGCAGCAGUACAUGAUAAUCUUCGUCAGUUGCUGGAGCUGCCAACUUUUGAACAGGAAGUUGGUCGAAACUUGCGUGAAGAGGUGUAUGAGCAAUUGCCCUUAGAUGAGAAAAUCCUCUACACUGCACAGAAGAUUUGCCUCCGCAAUAUGACAAAUCACAAUUCCUACAUCUACGAGUGCCCGCAGACCUAUUUGAUCUGCACCAAUGAACGGGAUCCGAAAAAGGCAUCUUAUUAUGUGCAGCGAGGAAAUGGAGGUGCAAAUAAUACACUGCAGUUUGCGUUCUAUAGUUCCUAUUGGCGCAAUCGUUAUAUCCUAAUGGAGCCAAGCAACCACUCUACUGGAGACUAUAUUACGAAGAACGUUUACAGUCGCGAUUCUAUUUUUUGGUGGCAAGUGGUGCAGCUCGCAGGUGGUGGUGUAGCCCUCUAUGAUGCAGCCACAGCUGGUUCAAUACUUUGUGGAGGUGAUCCUAAGCAUUGGGACGGCGAAGAGCGACAUGUUUAUACACGUAGCAGCCUGGAACUUGAAAACUAUCGCAGGGAAUGCAUCUGGAAGGUCGAAGAUUGCAGCGAUGUGACAAAAUAGUCACCGAAAUUAUACAGAAAUAUAAUUACAUACAUCAAAGCACUUAUAUUU